CUCUUUGGGCCGUCCUAUCAUGUGGUAUGUGUGCAAUAAUUCGUCAGAACGUGAGAGUUAUCCAGUCAGACCCAGGACUGACUCUGGAGCCCCUCCUGAGACUACGCUCACCCUUGCAUCCUCCAAGAUGAAGUUAGGGGACCAGCAUCCAGUUGGGAGUUGGAGCGAGGCCCCAUGCAGACAGCCUCAGUGACAUCUGAAACUCUUCGUCUUCUCAGCAGGCACCAUGGGAGAGAAGGUGUUGGUCACAGGUGGGGCUGGCUACAUUGGCAGCCACACAGUAUUGGAGCUGCUGGAGGCAGGCUACUCGCCUGUGGUCAUCGACAACUUCCAUAAUGCCAUCCGUGGAGGAGACUCCAUGCCUGAGAGCCUGCGGCGGGUCCAGGAGCUGACAGGCCGUUCUGUGGAGUUUGAGGAGAUGGACAUUUUGGACCAGGCAGCCCUACAGCACCUCUUUAAGAAGCACAGCUUUAAGGCCGUCAUCCACUUUGCGGGGCUCAAGGCUGUUGGGGAGUCGGUGCAGAAGCCUCUGGAUUACUACAGAGUUAACCUAACCGGGACCAUCCAGCUUCUGGAGAUCAUGAGGGCCCAUGAGGUGAAGGACCUGGUGUUCAGCAGCUCAGCCACCGUGUACGGGAACCCCCAGUACCUGCCUCUGGACGAGGCCCACCCCACCGGGGGCUGUACCAAUCCCUAUGGCAAGUCCAAGUUCUUCAUUGAAGAGAUGAUCCGGGACCUGUGCCAGGCAGACAAGGCCUGGAACGCAGUGCUGCUUCGGUACUUCAAUCCCAUAGGCGCCCACGCCUCUGGCCGCAUCGGCGAGGAUCCCCAGGGCAUCCCCAACAACCUCAUGCCCUAUGUCUCCCAGGUGGCAAUUGGACGUCGAGAAGCCCUGAAUGUCUUUGGUGAUGAUUAUGCUACAAAGGAUGGGACAGGUGUAAGGGACUACAUUCAUGUGGUGGACCUGGCGAAGGGCCACAUAGCAGCCUUGAAGAAGCUGAAGGAGCAGUGUGGCUACCGGACCUACAAUCUUGGCACAGGCACAGGCUACUCCGUCCUGCAGAUGGUCCAAGCCAUGGAGAAGGCCUCUGGGAGGAAGAUCCCGUACAAGGUGGUGGCACGGCGGGAAGGUGAUGUGGCGGUCUGUUAUGCCAAUCCCAGCCUGGCCCACGAGGAGCUGGGCUGGACAGCGGCUUUGGGGCUGGACAGGAUGUGUGAAGACUUAUGGCGCUGGCAGCAGCAGAACCCUUCAGGCUUUGGGGCCCAGGCCUGAGGCCUCCUUGCCACUGACCAGAAAGGGAGAAGAGCAGCUGCCUGUUUCCCACCUCCACAGGACCUUCAAGCUCUAGGGCCACGCUGAGGCCACCCUACCUCAAAUGCCAGCUGCCUGCUUAGCCCUCCAGGCAGGAGACCUCUGGCCCCACUGGCCAGGCAGGAGCCUGGGUCUGUCCAGCCUAUCUCCCCCAGGAUCCGGGAGCUCAUGUGACCCCCUAGAGCAUAUGUGUGUGGAGGGGUCUGGGACCAUAGCCUCCCUAAGGCAUUAACUUAUAUUGCUAGGACUAAGCUUUCCAAAGUAUUUAAAAUAAAAAUGUUUCUUAUCCUGACGCAGAUUCCCACAGACCGUCACCCUGUACUGCACCAGGCAGGCCUGAGAGUUGAAGCAGUUUCUUUUAAUUUUAUCGGAAUCUAAGACAAAACAAGAAAAACACCCAAAACCACAAAAGACAGAAGACAAGACAAC